AUGGAAGCAAUUCCGGAUUUUGGAGAAAUAUGCGGCAGAAAACUCUCAUGCAGCUUCAGAGGUCCAAGGUGUGGCAACUGGAAAGGAGUUGCAAAAGUUUCUUAUGAAGACAUCACCAAACUUGAAGACUCAUUUACUGACAAGAGUGACUUGUUCUCGGUCAUCUCAGUGACUGGCAAUGGUGAUGUCUUUCUGCAUGAAGACUAUGCAAGGAAGGGUGAGAUGGAAGAUGAACGAGUGAACCUUGUCCUUAGUAUGAUCAAUAGCAAGUUCGAUUGGAGCAAGACGGAGUGGCCAGUUAUAGAACUUGAAGAGACUGAAAUGGAGGAAGCUUUGACAAAUGAUAUAGAUGCAGAAGCUGGUAUGAGUGGCGACGAUACUGAUGUUGUAGCAGACGAAGAGACCUCUACGCUUGAGGUUCCAGGAAAAGGCAAGAGAAAGGUUCAUGAUGAAGGAGCGGAGACAAGAAAGAAAAAGUUGCUGUGUAAGCGAGCAGCUGAAAAGAAACAGAGUAUUGAUAGUGAAACUAAGAGUUUCAUUGAGGGUCUCCUCCGUACAUCUGUUACUUCCUUGGGGGAUAUGCUCAGCACGAAAAUGGAAAAUAUGGAGAGGAUGUUUACGGAAAGGAUGGGUAUGUUGGAGACCGAAGUGUCACAGAUCAGGGAUGCAGUGAGGUUGAGUGCAGAAGGGAGCGAUCCUAGCAUGAGCGAAGCUGCAGAAGAUCUACUAAAGUUUAAAGGCGAUCAAGCUGCAUCUGCGAGCAAAGGCGAUCACCCGACAUGA